GCCACAGCGCGGGCCGAGGGCCGCUGGGUCGCCGCGCCGCUGGGAAGCGUUCGCCUUAGCGCGGGGCUGGGGCGGCGUUGCUGGGGCGGCAGCGCGCCUCUCACACCCAUGAGGAGCCAGGAGCUCACAGGCGGAGUGCGGGCUUCGGCGCGCCUGCGAGCCCAGCCGUGUUCGGCCAGCUCGGCCUCUGCUCGGGACGUCGGUGUCACCACCGCUGCCAGGACGGCCUGUCAGCUCGGGUCCCCUCGGGACUGGAUUCACACCCGCAGCUGGCAUUUUUCUCAGUGCAGCUGUGAGAACGCCAAGACUUCCUCGUCACACAAAGGCCCCGACAGGCGAACUUCCAAGAAGUUCAAGUAUGACAAAGGUCAGCUCGUGAAGUCGGAGUUACAGAAACUGGUCCCUAAGAGUGAUCGUGUCGCUUCGCCCGCGGUGCCGCCGGAGACCCCGUGUAAGGAUGAGCCUCUGGCCUUGGCCGAGGACGGCCCGCCGCGGCCGGGAAAGGAAGCGGGCGUUCCUGCAGCACAGGACCUGGCAGGCCCUGCCCUCAGUCACCCCAGAGCAGUGAGUGACGGUCGCUCCGCGGAGACGGAGGAGGACCUGGCCCCGCCAAAACCCAGCGCCCUUCCGGGGACAGAGGCCAAGGGCGGCGUGGCCGUGCGGGGCGGGUGCACGCACACCCUUCUCAUGGACAGCAGCGUCUUCCUGGAUGACGACAGCAACCAGCCCAUGCCGGUGAGCCGGUUCUUCGGCAAUGUCGAGCUCAUGCAGGACCUCCCCCCGGCGUCCUCGUCCUGCCCAUCGGUGAGCAGACGGGAGUUCAGGAAGAUGCACUUUCGCGCCAAGGAGGAGGAGGAGGAGGACGCGGAGACGUAGAGUGAACGCGGCCACGGCCUCUCUGUUUCGUGCAGUUCACGAUGUGGCGGUUUAGCAAACCUGGUUGAUAAAAAGUCAUCUCCAAGAGGGCGUGUUCGUCAUCACUUUUGAGCUGACCCCUGAAAGUCAACAGCGCGGUGACCAGGUGAACUGACGCCGCCGGGGGUGGAAGGCUGCCCCUCGGGCACCAGCGUCGCACCUGACACCGGCGCUGAGGGGGCGGUGGUCGCGCCGGCUCGGGGCCUGGGCUAACGAGAGGCUUGUGAGCACACGCUGCCCCUAACUCUGGUUCUGACGACGUGGGCGUUGAUGCUCCGUUGUCAGAGCUCAUUCUUGCAGGUGACCAGCGACGGUUCUUACAGAACCCUCCUCUUUCUGUACAGAGAGCCAGCGUCUACUUUGGAAAUUUAGCAAAAUGCGUAUGGUAAAAAAUAAAUAUAUUUUGAAAACGUUU